CGGGAGAGGUGAGCCAUGAUAGCGAGAACGAGACGACAGGAUUGCCGGCGCUAAAGACAGCACACGAAACGACCAGGGCGGCGGACGAAGAGAAACGGCAGGAGACAACAGCAGAGACAAGUCCGGACGAGGGCCGAAGGGUAGUGAGUGCCGACGACACGAGUCAAGGGGCUUCGGGGAUAUUUAACACAGAAAUGACCGAAAUGAGCAGGACAAGCCGAGGUCAAGGUCUUCCCAAAGCCUCUCUUCACCUUGGUCCAGACACCGGUGUUGUGAAGACAGAGGCUGGUCCCCCAGUGUGUCUUUACGGUUCUGUUAAACAAGAAGACGCUCAAGAGUGGUGCGUUGCUGGGUCAGGUAAUCAGAGGGACGAGGGGUCCAUCAGCACUAAUGCAGAGGCGCCAGGGAUUUUCAAAGAGGAGCCCACAGAAGUGGAACUUUCUUCCACUCUUAAGAAAGAAGUGCCAUCAUAUGAGUGUGUAGGCAAGAAUACAGUCGCCAUCUGUAACGUGCUGGAGAACAGUCUGAGCGGAUCUGUGCAGAAAAGAGCAUUCUUGGAAAAGCAGGCUUGUGGAUUUGAGGGUGAGAAUGAAGACAAGAAAUUAAAAAUGAAGAUGGAAAGUAUGGAGAGUGAGCCACAGGCUGUAGGUGACCUUCACGAGUGUAGUGAUAAGUCAACCAAAUUAAAUCACUUACACUACCGUGAAAUACGUCACAUUUAUGAAAAAGGGAGAAAGCCUUACCAAUGCGCUGAAUGUGGAAAGAGAUUCAAACAUACGUCCUCACUUAGAUGCCACCAGAGAGUUCACACUGGCGACAUGCCUUACCAAUGUGCUGAAUGUGAAAAGAGUUUUAAACGGAGUUCAGAACUUAAAAGUCACCAGAAAACUCACACAGGAGAAAAAGCCCACUUGUGCACCCAGUGUGGCCGGAGUUUCAAAUGGAUUUCAGUCCUUAGACGUCACCAGAACGUUCACACCGGAGAGAAGCGGUACCAGUGUAACCAGUGUGGAAAGAAGUUCAAACAGGUUUCCGGCCUUAGUAGUCAUCUGAGGAUUCACACGGGAGAGAAGCAGUACCAGUGCAGCAAGUGUGGGAAGACUUUCAGAGAGAGUGGGGACCUCAAGGUUCACAGGAGAAGUCACAGUAGAGAAAAAUCUCAUCAGUGCACUUAUUGUGGAAAAGUUUUCAAGUGGAAUUCAGAGCUCAUACGGCACCAAGCGUUACACACGGGGAAAAAACCCUUUCAGUGUAACGAAUGCGGAAAGAGUUUCAAUCAAGUUUCACACCUUAGGUACCACCAUAGUGUUCACAUUGGAGAAAAGCCGUACCAGUGUAAAGAAUGUGGGAAGAAUUUCCAGCAAGGCUCAACACUCAAGCUUCACCAGAGAAUUCACACCGGCGAAUCGCCUUAUCAGUGUGCGGAAUGUGCGAGGAGUUUUAAACAGAUUUCGGCCCUUAGACGUCACCAGAAAACUCACACCGUAGAAAAGACUCAUUUGUGCACCCAGUGUGGUAGGAGCUUCAAAUGGAUUUCAGUCCUUAGACGCCACCAAAACGUUCACACUGGAGAAAAACCCUAUCAGUGUAACCAGUGUGGAAAGAAGUUCAAACAGUUUGCCAACCUUAGGAGACAUCUGAGGAUACACACGGGAGAGAAGCCAUAGCAGUGUAUCAAGUGGGGAAAGACUUUCAGAGAGCGUGAGGACCUCACGUUUUACAAAAGAACUCACAGAAGAGAAAAACCAUAGCGGUGCACUGAGUGGAAUUUGGAGUUUCUACGGCACCAAACAUUACACCCAAUUUGGGGAGAAAAACCCUUUCAAUGUAAUGAAUAUGGAAAGUUUCAAACAAGAUCUGAACCUCACAUGUCAGCUGAGCGUUCACACUGGAGAAAGGCCAGUUGGUGUAGUGGGCAGUUGGAUUCUUGACAUGAUGUUAUUCUGGAAGAAUUAGCUUAAUAGGAUUGGCGAGCGUUGUUGGCCUGUUUUUGUUUAAAUAUUUCAAGUGUACUUUGUGUGAAGAAAAACUUUCUAGCGUUUAUGCCAAUUCUGCUGUUAACACGUUGCCAGUCGUGUUCUUGUCACAUAGUGUACUUUCAUGUAGAAGCUGAUGUCCACUGUACUCAUUUGUUUCAAAAUUUUAAACACUUCAGUCGUGUCAAUUCUUCAUCACCAUUACCUUAAACUGAAAUGGUUCAGUUCCUUCAGUCUCUGCUCAUAUCUCUGAGCCCUGAAUCGGCCAUGUUGCUGUUUUAUGGACCUUCUAUACCACUGCUAUGUUUCUCUUGUAAUAUGGACUCUUAAUCUGUAUACAGUACUCCAAGAGAUGCUUCUCUAGUGCAUCAUAUAUAUAUAUAUAUAUAUAUAUAUAUAUAUAUAUAUAUAUAUAUAUAUAUAUAUAUAUAUAUAUAUAUAUAUAUACUAUAUAAACUUUAGCUUAACCACCCUUGGCUUGUACUCCACACUAGGGGGCGCUGUGUAAUUUCUAAGUAUGUUUUGGAUGUACUGAUCAAUCCUCCGUGACUCCCAGGUUCUUCUCUUCAGGGUACUUUCAAAUUUCAAAUCUUCCAUUGUCUAUUCCAAUGUAAUAUUUAAACUUUCUACAUGUAAUGCUUUUCAUCUGUUUGAAUUAAUCUUCCAAAGCCUGUAUGCUGUCUAAGUCCCUCUUUAAUAAUUUAGUGGAUUCUACACUAUCUGCCCUUCCACCUCCUUUGGUAUCAUCUGCAGUCUUGAUCAGCUCAUUGAUUAUAUUCUUGUGCAGAUCCCAUACGAAUAUUAAAAAGAGCAGCAGCUUCAGCGCUGACCCCUGCUGGACACCACUUGUAACUUCACCUCGUUCUGAACAAGUCCCCCCUCACCAUAACCCUUUGCUUCCUCUGUUUGAGCCCGUUGUGUCCCCUUCUACAGACUAUGCCUUCAGUUCCCAUUUCGUUUAGUUUGAGCACUGACCACUAAUGUGGUGCCUUAUCAAAAGCCUUCUGAAAAAUCAAGAGAAAUAACGUCAUAUGCACCACUCAUAUUGUCUGAUUGAAUUCCCACAUAGGUGACCAUCCUCAUCUGAACACGGGAAUGCUGACUAACACAACACGCCUGUGCUUACCACUUGAUGCUCAGUGUUGUCCAUAAUAAUUUCUUCCAUUAAUUUACUUGGUGACACACGUCAGGUUUGUUGGCCUGUAGUUACUUGAAACAGUCCAGUCACAAAGAUAUCCAACACCCCUGUCAAAAAGAAGUCGACUUUCAAUACUUGAUUACAGAUAUGAUUGCAAGUAAACACUUCCUGUUAUUUGAUGUCAGACUUUCAUAUCUUGUUUGAAGAACUUCUUUAAUUCCGAUACAUUAGGUUUGUGAGGGUCAGCUGCUCGUUUCGGCGUCUCUGUUGGGUUCAAGUCAGGACUUUGACUAGGCCACUGCCAAACCACUGAGCUUUGUUUGUGUUUCUAACCCAGUGACGCUUCAGGCCACAGACAGUUGAUUAAACAUUCUCCUGAAGAAUAUUCUGGUGAAAAGCACAGUUCCCCAUUCAUUCAAUAAUGGCAAGACUUUCAAAGCAUCCCCACCCCAGCACACCAUGUUUUAUUGUAGUUCUGUAGCUCUUGCUGUUGAUCACCACAUACCGUGGACCCAGUGUCAUCCAAAGAGUUCUAUUUUUGAGUUGUCAGAACUUCUCUCCAAAAGGCUGAGGAUCAUCCAGAUGGUACUUUGUACUGAUGUUCCCUUUGAAUAGCAGAGUUUUCCACUUUGCUGCUCGACCUUGAAUCCCUUUGUUACUCAUCAAGGGGUCCUGAACACUGACCACCGAGGCUUUGUAUGCCUGCAGUUCUUUGUAGUCAUUCUGGAGUCCCUUGUGACUUCUUAAACUAGUUGUCACUGUACCAUUGGUCAUUUUGGCAGGCCAGCUUUUUCUGAGUGAGUUCCCAAUGUUCUGUUUCUGUAGAUAAUGGUUCUUGUUGUGGGGCGCCAGAGUCCCAGAGCCUUAGAAGUGCAUUUGUCACCCUUUCAUUUCCAGACAGUGAAGUUUCAACACCUGUUUUCCUCCUCUGUCCAGGAAUUUCCUUUGAUCGAGGUCAGGUGUGGUUGGUGGGCCCAGAACACACGGAAUUCUGUGUUACGUUAUUGGCUUUUUGUAUAAUGGUGACAUUUAUUAUUUCUUGUUUGCUAGAUGAUGCAGGCAGCCUACAGUCUCAAAGUAGUGAUUGUUGGAUAGCAGGCUGCUGAAACUUCAUUCAUGUGAGACAACCGAGUUGUGUGCCAUCAUUCUGAUAGACGCUCUAAACGUUUCUCCUCAUUAAUGUUUCUGAUGAGUUGUAGGCACACCAAGGCACAUGCAGCCGGUUAGAGUUUUGUUCAAAUACGUUGGCCGCCACAUUCUUCUACAGUCUUUAUCUUUCACCACUUGUAGUCAUUUAUUUUUGUUCAAUGAUGCAGCGUGCUAGCCUGUUACAUUUUUAGCUUUACAGUCCUUUUCUCUUUUGAUUUUGUAAUUUAUUUUAUUUGUACAUAUUUUGUUUGUUUAAAUUGAUGCAGUCUACUGUAAUUGACCUGCUUAAUAAAUAAAUAAUUACACGUUUCUGAAAGGCAAGUCUUUGAUUUAAUACCAUAGUUAUUUCAUCAUAAGCACCACUAUGGCCGAAGUGUGCUUGUUUUUAAUUGUUUUAGUGAAAUUCAGAGCAAAAAAGUUUACAAAAAUGAAGUGAAAAACUGAUAAUUCACACACAAGGAAAACCUCUUGACAUUUCUGUUUAAGGCUGACAUAUCUGGGUUACAUUUCUUUAAGUUUCCCUUAGUUAUGAUAUGCGUACACGGCAUACAAUCAGAAAACUGUGUGCCUUUAUAUCUUAUUAUUUGUAAGCAAGCAAUCUAAUCCUGUGAAUUUCCCCUUGGGAGUAAUAAAGUAUCUAUCUAUCUAUCUAUCUAUUAUAUAGUGCCUU